AUGGCCAAGAUGCCUCGUCGCCAGCCAAAGCUGCCUGUGUGGCAGCUGAUCAUACUGGCAAUAUGUAGACUCGCAGAGCCAAUCGCGGCAACGAGCGUCUUUCCCUACCUGCCUGAAAUGAUUGAAAGUUUCGGGGUCAAAAAGCAAGGGGUAGCCAAGUGGGCAGGAAUCACAAGUGCUGUAUUCAGUUUGAGCCAGAGCAUUACGGCCAUAAUAUGGGGUAGAGCGUCCGACAUGUUCGGCCGGAAACCAGUGAUCCUGGUGGGGCUUACAUCGACUAUGAUCAUGAGCAUAUUAUGGGGUUUCUCGACAUCCCUUACUUGGGCAAUCAUUGCGAGAGCUCUCUCCGGCGGAGGAAAUGGAAAUGGUUAG